AUGCUGCCCAACGUACCGCAACCGAAGAACGGAAUGAUACGUACGUACGAGAACUCUUCACGGACAUUCACACGUCCCUACUCGGCCAAAACCGUCUUUUUCUACAAGGAGGGCGAUGAAUAUUUUACGGGAGUUCGCAUUCCGGUCUCGAAGGCCCGAUACCGUACCAUCGACACUCUGUUGGAUGAUUUGAAUACGAAUAUACCGAUGGCGUACGGUGUGCGACGUCUGAUGACACCAAUGGGGAGGAAUGAAGUGCAAACGAUUGAUGAAUUGCAACAUCUUGGAAAAUACGUAGCGACCUCCGGGAAGUCUCGAGGUCUCAAUCUCUCCGGAGUGGAAAGACUUCAAAAGGCAAGAGAGGCAGCCGAGAAAGCUCUACGACGAGAGGGGCCAAAUGGACAGUCAUAUUGGAUUCCGGCCUCGCCGUCGUACCGUCAGAAAUUGAGAAUGUCGAGGACGCUUGGGUUGAAUGUACAGCCAUGCAAACAGAUCUUCUUCGUGCUGAACGGGAAAACGCAAAUAUUCCGCCUCGUGCUCAACCCGAUUCGAAUGCCCCAUCUGGAUACACUGCUCGAACAGAUCAGCCUCGGAUUGGGGGCGGCCGUCGAUCGUCUAUACACAUUUGAGGGGCGAAAGAUUGAGAGAGUCGAGGAGAUGAUGGACGUUACACCACCUAAGAUCAUCGCCGUGCCGAGACACGAACGUCUACAGUUGAGAGAAAAAUUCGCUCUCCCUCCACUCUUCACAAAUCGAUCCGAUCGGUCGACGGCCAGGAAAAAUGACACAGCCCGUCAAUCGAAUGGUCGAGCCGGUCUCCCAACGGCCAGUCUCCAAUCAUCAUCAACCACUAAUUCAUACCAAGAAUCGAAUGGCAUCGAAAAACCGAAUAAGGCUACUAUUAAUAACGCUCGGAAAAACACGAGGAAAAUGACGGGCGCCCCGAAACGAAAGAUACAACGUCGAAUUCCGUCCCUGGACCCUCCGAAUUCAGCGACGACGAAAAGUGAUGAUUCCGGGAAGGCGCCGUCAGUUGAGAGCAGCGUUCGAACGAUGAAUGGAGAGGAUAUGCCGAGCGAACGAUCUAUUGAAACGAGCGCUAGUGAUUAUCCCGGUUCGCCACUAUCCGAACGAGCGAGUGCACGAUCUGAAGAAGAGAAACCGAGAUCGGCCAAACCGGAUACACCUGAUAAUGCAGAGACAUAUCUCAGCUCUGAUGAAGACGAGGAAAUGGAAAAACAAGAAAAAGCGGCAACGACCAUCCAGGCAGCCUUCAGAGGGCAUAAAGUCAGAAAGGAGAUGAUGGCCAGGGAGGAGCAGUAUCACCCAGAAGAACGCGCACGUCGUCACGAGGCCGCCACGAAAAUCCAGGCCAACUAUCGAGGGUAUCGAGUGCGGAAGGGAGGCCGAGGAAUUGGCGAGGAGCAGCCCGCGGCUACAAACUACGAAGCGGAAGGGGCGGAGGAGGACGAGGAGGCACGCAACGCGGCCGCAACGCGAAUCCAGGCCCACUAUAGGGGAUAUCGUACCAGAAAACAGCUAAAAGCAGGACGAGCGGUAGAUGCUCAACAAUAUGACGAAGAAGAAGAGGCCGCACGCCACGCGGCCGCCACGCGAAUCCAAGCCCAAUAUAGAGGGUACAGGACCCGGAAAGAGCUGAAUACAAUGAGAAAUGGGAAGGAGGAGGAGGAACUCGACGAAGAGCAUCUAGCCGCAACGAAGAUACAAGCACAAUAUAGAGGAUAUCGGACGAGGAAGGGGCUCGCGGCGGGACCCGGAGAGGAGACGGAAAUGGAUGAGGAGGAGGAGAGGAGGAGACACCAAGCUGCCACCAAGAUCCAGGCCCAAUAUCGUGGGUAUAGGACGAGGAAACAGCUCAAGAGGGGUCAAGUCGACUUCACCGGAGAACAGCCAACUGUCAUUGAAGCUGAGGAAGAGAUGGGAGGGGUUGAAGAGGAAGUGGAGCAUCGCGUACACGAUGCCGUGGAAACGGAUGAGGGAGUGGAAUCGGCUGGAGGAAUGGCGUACACGAUCGCUGUGCUGACGGGCAAUAGAUGGGGCGCAGACUCGGAGGCUGAUCUGUACGUGACACUCCAUGGAGAUGACGCGACAAGCACACAAUUUUGGUUGAAACCCGAUGUAUCCUGGCUGCAGAAUGGUGAAGGGAAAUUCAAGAGUAACCAGCUCGACUCGUUCCACGUCACUUCUCAGCCACUGGGGACACUGAAUAAAGUGGUGAUCGGGCAUGAGAAGAGGGGAUACGGUGCCGGGAUAUUCAUCGAACACAUUCUCGUGACGGAGAAUGUGGUGGAUGGACGGCAAUUUGUAUUCUUUUGCUCGAAAUGGCUGGAUAGUGGACAGGUCGACGGCAAAAUCGAGCGCAGCCUCCCUGUCUCGGCCUUCUACUACAUCAGCUCAAUCCCAGAAGAUGGAGUUUCAUCGCAAGGCCGCUGGGAGUUCAUCCUCCAUAAUGGCACCCCGGAUGGAGAAGGCGGAACGACUUCAAAUCUGAAUAUUGUCGGCUACGGCACGCAGGGCAGCUCGAUGACCACCAUCUCCACCGACAAAAGCCUCAAUGAAGUGCCGUCUACUUCACUAAUUCAAGUGGAUUUCGGCGAAAUCGGCGAUCUGCUGAAGGUUCGUUUCGAAAUCGACGGCUCCGGCGAGCAUCCGGACUAUUUUCUGGAGUAUGUCGAGUUGAGAGAUCUCGAUACGGAGGAGAGGCUGGCUGUUAGGGUCGGAAAAUGGUUGGACGUGACCGGGGCGCAUAAAAAGCCGCAGCCCUACCGGGAAAUAUCCGUUUUUCGGGCCGGCCAGACGCCGUUGGCUAUCAACAACUACGAGGGAAAAGUCGUCGCGGGUGACGUGAGAAUGCUCAAGACCGAAAAGUUGCGCGGGCAGCUCAUUGGAGAAUACAGCGACAGCGGCAUCUUUCCCUUAAUAAAAGGCGAUAAAAAUGAAUACUCCUUCAAAGCCGAAUGCGUAUACCUUGGCCGUAUCCACGGGAUCCGGAUAAUUGGUGAAUUUACGGAGAAAGGAGAAGCCGCCCUCGAGGGAUUCGCGACGCUACAGGAAAUCUGGGAUCGCCGCGGCGUACCCGGGCUGGAUAUGGCCGCUGAGUUCGUGGCCACGUCAGCCUACGUGCGUGAGUCGACGCAUUGCCCGUAUCGCUACGUGCUGUCGAUGGGACGAGUGCAGGAUUUGCCGGAAGAAGAUGGGCUCUAUCAUAAACAGUUGACGCUCACCGAAAUGGAAGGCCUCCCCACGCGCUACAAAAAGGACAAGCGCGAAAGCGAGCAGGACAGCUGGACGUUGAGCAUGAGCGUAAAGGACGAUUCGGAUAUGAUCCCAUACGCCGAAUUAUGCGCCGGUCCGUCCACUAUCCAAAUGAACGCACAAACGGAAGAAUUUGAAGCACAAGAGAUGAGCUAUCAAAUGAGGGGAAAAGCCGUUGGGACGGUGGAUAAAAUGCGUCUAUCGAACGCUAUGACUGGGGAGGAGAUGCGUUUCCCAUCGGUCGACACCGAAUUCCACGACAAUGCCGUUUACGAGUAUCCCACAGUUUAUCCGGAUGUGCCGCCCAAGCAGAAUAUCGUGUACACGCUACAACUGGAGACUUCUUCAAUUAACGGUGUGAUCCAGCCAUGUGCUAUAUUGGUGGGAAGAGAUGGAGGGAGCGGGACACGAAUAUUGAGAGCUGAGCGGUUGACACAGAGCGAGAUGACAGAAGACUACGAAAUCGAGGCCGUUGACCUGGGACAACUCGAAUCGAUCGAAUUGUCGUAUGAAGCCGAGACGGACGUCGAGUGGCAACUGAUGGCGCGUGUCUCGUCGACUAAAGAUGACAUCGAGUAUCAGACGGGAAAAAUAACGAUUCGAAAACCGGGGCAACCGGUGACGAGUGCACUCGGGGAGAUCGUG